UAUUUUUUUGGCAGUUUUAGCUUAGGAGUACAAGGAUUAGUCUCAGCUAAUGAGUGAAAAGUAGUGUCUGUAACUAAAACCUACAAAAUACCCUGACCUUCAACAUUUGGAAUCCCCUGUUGCCUUCCCCCCCUUGUUGUCCACAAUCAGUGUCUUGUGGGCCACACCUGUAUAUAUCCAACAUCAUUCUCAAGCUGAAAAGGUUGCUUCCCUUCCUCAAGGCCAUGGCUAGUCUAAACGAUUUGAGUGCGAGGUUUUACUCCUACAACAAGAUGUACAGUUAUGAAAUGCGACUCCAGAGCUUUGCCGAUUGGCCUUUUCGUGAGGAAUGUCAAUGCACACCUGAAAUGAUGGCGACGGCAGGGUUCGUCCACUGCCCCAGUGUGAACGAGCCUGAUGUGGCCUGCUGCUUCUUCUGUCUCAGAGAGCUGGAGGGCUGGGAGCCUGAGGACAACCCCUGGUCUGAGCAUAUCAAACGGUCUCCUAACUGUGGCUUCCUGGCCAUGAAGAAAGACUUCGGGGAGCUGACUGUGGCUGAGUUCUAUCACCUGGAGCAGGAGAGACUGCGUAUCUACAUUGUAUGUCACCAACCCUAUAUGUAUAUAAACUCAACAAAAAAAGAAAUGUCUUCACUGUUCACCUUCCACAGGGCACGAGUGGUCACUGAAUGGUUUGAUGUGUAUUAAACAAGGUACCAUAUGACAUGGGUGUCUCAGUCACCAGAUCUCAACUCUAAUUGAAUGCUUAUGGGAGAUUCUAGUGCUGCGCCUGAGAUUACAUUUUCCACCAUCAACAAAACACCAAAUUAUGUAAUUUUUUGUGGAAGAAUGGUGUCGCAUCCCUCCAAUAAAGUUCCAGACACUUGUGAAAUAUAUGCCCAGGUGCAUUGAAGCUGUUCUUGCUUGUGAUGGCCCAACCCCCAAUUUAAGACACUUUGUUGGCGUUUCCUUUUUAUUUUGGCAGUUACCUGUGUAUUUACCUGUAGGAUCUCGUUCAAGGCAAAUGCUUGAUGUAGAGCACUUUGCCCUUGAAGUUCUAUGGAGACUCAGGCCUUCACUGAAAGUUAUGAUAUUCUUUAGGUUUGAGCUAUAUUUAAUACUUGCUGUAGUGUUGCGGUCGUUUUCAGUUUACUAAUGUAGGCCUAAGCUGUUGUCAUUUCUACUGUUGUAGAGGAAGACUAUCCAUUUGAAGAUCGCCAAUUUUCGAGAUGAGGUGGAGAAAACAGUUAAUUACAUGAGGACGCUGUUUGACUCGGGAUCUGUAAUGUAGUUGUAUAUUUUAGCCUUGGGUGUUUUAUCUGUAAAUAUUUUAGUGAAUAAAGAUCUAUUUUCUACCGUGUUA